AUGGAGUCCACCCAACUAGAUUCGGAAGAUUCUCCAACAAAAUUUGCACCAAUAGUUAAAGAAGUCGAAUUACGCGAUCAUUUCAAUUUGAUUUACAUUGUUUUCCUGUUUUUCGGCCUCAGUGGGCUAAUGCCGUGGAAUAUGUUUCUGAAUUUCUCGUUCGACUAUUAUGAAAUGUACAAGCUUCGAAAUGGCACCGAGUCCACGUGGUACUCAUCGAAUUUCCAGUAUGCGAUGACGAUUUCCGCCCAGAUUCCGAAGCUCAUUUUCACGUUUCUGAACGUCUUUUAUUCAACAAAGGGUGAUUUAACGAAGAGACUCAUAAUUUGCUAUUCAAUUACCGCAUUAAUUAUCGCGUUUACGUUGGCUUUCACGUAUAUUGAUACCGUAGAAUACAUCGCAGUUUUCUUCUUCAUUACCCUCGCAUCAAUUGUUCUGUUGAACUCGGCGAAUGGAAUUAUCCAAAAUAGUACCUAUGGCAUGGCGUCGCCAUUUCCGUUCAAAUACACGAAUGCGGUGAUAAUUGGCGAAAAUUCUUGCGGGAUAUUCAUCACGUUGCUCGCGGUGAUCACAAAAGCUGUGUCAUCAGACAUCGUCAUGCAGGCAACCCUCUAUUUCACGACGGCGUUCAUCAUAACCGCGACUUCGGUGAUCCUUUGCGCGUUGAUCACCAAAAAUAAUUUCUACAUGCGUUAUGGAAUUGUCGGCGACGAAACACGCACCGAUUCGGAGGCGUCGGAUGAAGCGAACGGCAUCGAUUUGAUCGUCGUGUUCUCGGCGUGCAAAUUUCAAUUUAUCAACAUUUUUCUAUUGUUCUUCGUCACUUUGAGCCUCUUUCCGAACGUGACGAUGUAUGUCGAGGAUGCGCAAGACUCGUUCAUUCCAAAGGAGUACUUCAUGGAUCUGGCCACAUUUCUAAAUUUCAACGUUUUUGCGUUUUUGGGAAGCUUGUCGGCCAAUUGGGUACAAUGGCCGGGACCUGAUUACAUAUUUGUGCCGGUUGUGGCGCGAUUUUGGUUUCUCUUCUACUUUCCGAUGUGCAAUUAUUUUCCGACCAGAAGGCGAUUCCCGAUAUUAUUCCAGUCGAUUUUGGGAUUUGUGCUCAGCCAGACGAUAUUGGCAUUCACCUCGGGAUAUUUGUCGUCGCUGAUAAUGAUGUACACGUCGAGAUUAUUGGACGAGCCGCAUUGUCAGCGAAUGGCCGGCAUGAUAGCGGCGUUUUUUCUGAUCCUCGGCAUUCUAGUCGGCCUCGGCUUCUCAUGGAUCAUUCAUAUCAUCGUAGUUGGUGGAUAA